AUGGUUAUGGCAGACAGAGGGUUCACAGUCAGUGAAAGUGUGGGACUAAAAGAAGCUAAACUUAUCAUUCCAGCGUUUACUAAGGGGAAGUCACAGCUAGACCCAGUAGAUGUAGAGAAGACCCGAGGUAUUGCGAGCGUUCGCAUUCAUGUCGAACGGGUCAUUGGACUUCUCCGUCGUAAGUACACAAUUUUAGAGGGUACUUUACCAACAGACUUUCUUAGGGGUAGCGCUAAGGAAGCACCAGAUUCCCAGGUUCCAAUAAUUGACAGAAUAGUGAGGGUUUGCUCUGCUCUUGUGAAUUUAUGCCCUGGAAUAGUACCCUUAGAUUAG